AUGAAUUUGUAUCAACAAUAUGAAAAUGUAUUUUUAAGUUGGAUUGAUGAAGGCAUCAUAGAAAUUGUGCCCACUUCUGAAGUGAACUCUUAUGGUAAUUACUUACCUCAUCGUCCUGUCCUGAAGGCAAGCAGCUGUACCACACCUAUUCGUCCAGUGUUUGAUGCUUCAGCAAGGUUGACAAACCAUCCUUCUCUAAACCAAUGCUUGCAGUGCGGUCCUAAUUUAAUCGAACUUAUUCCAGACGUCCUACUGCGAUUCAGAGAGCGGCGAUAUGGAAUCAUAGCGGACAUUAGAAAAGCCUUUCUACAGAUAAGUACUCGAAAAGAGGAUAGAGACUUCCUGCGGUUUUUAUGGUGA